GCAAAACGUUUUUGUUCCAAUAGACAACUUUUGUUUAUCACUACCGGAAACAACAAAGUUUUAUAAGACUAGUUCUACUGAAGUCUAUCAUUUUCUUGACCUAUCAAAUCUAGAAGUUUGAUAGCUGAUAGAUCCAGAUCUAGAUCUACUAAAUAUCUCUUUCAGCAGUGAAAAUGUUGGUAACUCUGGCUGUUUGUUUACUUGUAACUUUCCUGACUGUGAAUUCAGCUGAUGUCUCACCAGUGUGGAAAAUCCAGCUAACUCAUUUCACUGUGUGGAAAGGAAGUAUGAACAUUGGUGGAAAGCAGACACUCUGUGUGCUGGACGUUAUGCGUAUUAACUACCACCCUCACGGUGAAGUCCAUGUGACCUUUAGAGCAGACCGUGAUCAUUUGGAAAUGAUUGGAAAAUCAGAUGAUGAUGUUGUGGUUGUUUUUGAUGAGCAUACUAGGUGGGAAGAGGCACCUGAGAACCAUCAGGACCUGCGGUUUACUGGAAAAUUUCACAUGUCAGAUAUCAACUAUUACUAUGAAGGCAACGUCAGCUCACAGGAGAACAUUCUUGGAACUAUUUGGCUAUCACCUGCAGGUCAACAAGUGGAAGUAGAGAUUGUUAAAGAGAACAAGGCUUUGAAAUAUGGACUUUCUAUUGGUCUUCCUGUAGGUCUUGCUCUUAUCAUUAUAGUAGCUGCUGGUUUGAUCAUGUGGUGGGCCUGUAAAAAAGGUUAUCUGCGUCAUGUUCCUUUGGCCUACAAACAUUUCACAAACCCAAACCCAAAGAAAUCUGGUGAAGUUUACAAGCUGGGCACAGACUACGGGAAAGGUGAAUCCCCCACAAUUCACAUUUAGGGCAUGUAAUGAUCUCCUCCGAAGAUCAGACAUAUUUGUGAAGAGGGAGGAAUCAAUUAAAACAUCUAUCAAACACGUUAUUUUUAUUGGAGAUAACUUUGAUUUUGAUCACAUUUAGCUUUUUUAUGGGGUUGUAAUUUUUGUAUAUUUUUUUUAAACUGUUGUGGUACUUUGAUUUAAUCAUAUUAAAAUGAAUGGUCAGCUUAAACAAACAAUGUAUAUUUUUAGCAAUUUUUAUUUAAAAACGAAAAUUCUUGUACCCAUGUAGGUUGUUAAAAAAAGUUAUGGUUGUGCCAAUUUAGAUUGUACGCCAUCCAUAUCAUAUGUAAUAAAUCCACUUGAUAGAUAUGUAAAUAUUGCAAUUAUGUUUAACUGAUGAUCUUGUGACAUUUACAUUUUAUACAAAUUAUUUUCUAUAUCUCCACACAACUCUUUUGUUGUAAAUGCAGCUAUUAUAUGUAUUUAGCAUAAAACUUUCAUAACUAAAGCAAGUUAUGUAUUUGUUUUUAAAUAAAACUUUGUUGUUUUUUCUUGUUACAAUUGCUAAAUCCAGUCUUUUUUUUUAAAACCUGAUAUUGUAACAUAUUAUAUGUUACACUCAGUGUGCAUUAUUUCAGUUUCUUUGCCCUAAGUUUCUGAAGGAUCCUUUGCUUUGAUUAUGACAGUAGAUUAUCACAGAGGGCUUCUGUUCUACUUAUGUGUUUCUUCUCUCUGUGUUUUAGAAGUACAAAUGAGCUCCAACAAAGCUUGUCUUGUUAUUUUAGUCAAAUGUUUCAUUUUUGUGGAGAUCAAAAUAUUUUGUGUAUAAGUGUAGCAUUUCCAAUAUGCAACGUUGUUAAAACUUUUUAAAAUUUUAAGGGUGGGGGGGCCUCUCUUUUUUUUUUUUUUAUGUAUUUAUACUUCUUUUUCCCCACCAUUUAAAAUGUGUCGGUGUAUGGUUAAAAAAACAACAUGUACAUAAGAUGUUUGUGUUCAUUAAAUAAAUAUAAAAGUCUUUGUGACUUACUCAUCUUAUUUACUUUUCAUUGGGGGAAACUAUAUGGAGAGAAAUAGUAAGUAAGUGAUUUGUUUCUUGUUCUGAUAAAACAUUCAACAUUCUUUUUGUAUUUAGUGUGUAUGCUCUCUGUAAGUUAAAGGGACUGGCACACUUAUUAGAUAGAAAAUUUUAUUAUUUUUGUGUCUGUUAUUUUUUUUAUUUUUUGUUAAUGUAUGAAUUAUUACAAAAUCAUUCCAUAGUUUUACAUAAAGGCUCAAUGUAACAAAAUGUAUUUUGAGUGUUACAGAAAUUUGACUAAUUUGUUCUUAUUAUGUUUAUAAACAUUUGAGUUUGAUUUUAUUUAUCCAAGAAUUCUAAUCUAUAUGAUGCCAAUUUGUACACAUUAGUAAGGUUUUGAAAAUAAAAAGGCUUGUCUUUGAAUCUGAAGAUUAAGGAGAAGUGCAGUGUUUCAAGUUGGCUGUGACCUACAUAUUUUGUAGUGACAGGCACAGAUAAUUUAGCCAUCAGAACCUGUCUUUGGCAAUAGCUUUCUUUUUGGUCUCAAAUUUUUAUCUCAUGGUCUUUGUAACAGAUCUCCAGCUGUUUCUUUUGAUAACUAUUUCCAGCCAGGUAUUCUAUGAGCUGCUCUCAUUUAAUUAAGCUUGACUACAAAGUUUGCCUUUGGCAUAUAGUUGUCCCCUUUAGAGAUGGGUGCAUAUCUUCAUAAGUUAACAACACAUUCCAAAACAUGCAUUAGCCAAUGCCAACAUUUUUCUUUGAAAAAAGUCAUUGUCUCUUUAAAAUUACUUUAAAAUAAUUGUCUUCAUUGAAAAGAAAACAUAUUUAGAAUAUGCUUAUAAUUAAAUAAUUUGGCACUAUGUUAAAUAUUUUCUUUAGAAUCAAAUAGAAGUGAUGUAUUGUGGAUAUUAUUGUGUUUAAUCAUUAAGAUUGUAAAACUUCAAUGAUUUCUUUUUACAAAAGUAAAUUUUGUUGACUUGUGAUGCAAUGUACGAUUGUUUAACAUAUACAUAUCUCUUUUUAUCGUAAACAUUCCUUUUAUAUCUUGCCUACAUUUAUUAACCUUGGCCAUUAAUAUUUAUUCUAUUACAUAAUCGUAGACAUCUCAGUUCUUGUUCUCUUUAAGUGAACACAGUUACAAACAAAAUGUAGACCGUCUUUCUUUUACUUACCAUAGUUGGAAAUUGUCAUUACCACAUGAUACAUAGCUUGGCAAAGGCAAUAUCUUUUUUAUUAGAUAAUCUCUGUUGACUGCCAAAGUCUAAGAAGCCUCUAAGUUUCCUUCAUAAUAGAUAGAACCACUGGCCUGCUAUUUAAUAAGCCAAUAGCAUAAUCUUUUCUUGAAAACUUUCAACAAGAACUAGCUGUCACUGUGGUACUUCAACUCUUUUUCUUGGAAUGUCUUUAAAUUUUUAUAUGUCAGUAAUUGUAUAAUAAUUUACUUAUUAAAUGCACCGCUGUUUUUAUAUAUUUAUCUAUAUAUUUAUCAUAAUCUUAUUUUGAUUAAUUUGGAAUAAAAAAAAAAAGCUCUUGA